CAAAAUAAGAAGCCUUCAUAGUGGCAGAUCAGGAACUAAUUUUAUUGAAUUAUAAAAUAUAGCCCCUGACCCUCUAUCGCGGCUGGGAGUAAAAAGAAAUAUUCACACAUUGUUCUGGCUCUGUUGUAUAUACAUACAUAAUAGUACAAACGCAGUUUUUACCGUGCCACUUGGAUUUUAACAGCUCUUGAUGCAGGAUUUUUUACUGCCAUGUCAUUUAAACGGCCCGCCUGGCUUCGACAUAUUCUUUCUAUUCUCUUUAGCGGCUAUUAUCUCAUUUUCGCAGAUGCUGCUGAAGACAAAGUACGAAAGAUACGAGCCACUAUUUCUAUUGAACAGAUGCGAGUAUCUUGGGAAAAGGCAGCACAAAACCCUAUCCUGAGGUGUUUGUCACGUCUUCUACGCCCAUCUUUAACAAUAGAAGAUAUCAUCUACGUUCCAAGAAGGCAACAACAACAACAACAACAACAACAACAGCAGCAGCAGCAAAAUAAGUGUCAUCUCCCGCCUAUAGAAGUCUAUCGAUUAUAUACAGGCAAUCCGAGUCAGCUUGAACAUCAUGACACCAUUGUCUUACAGUUCCCUGGUGGGGGCUUUGUUUCAAUGGGACCAGCAUGCCAUUUGGACGCCCUAUCUGCAUGGGCGAGAGACACUCGAUUGCCGAUAUUCAGCGUAAACUAUAAAAAAGCGCCUGAGUAUUCAUAUCCUUGGCCCAUCGAGGAAUGCUUUGAUCUGUAUACAUCCAUUAUUGAGAGUCGUGGAAAAGUGUUGGGGCUUUCUGGAGAAAACGAUAUCAAUAUUAUAUUGAUGGGUGAUUCUGCUGGUGGAAAUAUUGCAGCUGCAGUCACUCUAAAGAUACUGCAUCACAAUCAACAAUUGCUUAAAGAGUUUACUGAAACUGCAGAGAUGUUCGUACCUACGGUAUCGGAUGAUGAGGAUUCAGUUUUGCAAAAGUCAACUGAACACUCCAUUAUAAAGCUCACUCCAAUCUUUGAUAGAAAAGAGCAAAAGAAUUCAACAAAAGCGAUCAUCCCUGCACCAACUGGUAUCAUCCUAAUCUACCCAGCUUUAGAUUUUGAGAUGUCUUGCUGGAUGUCACCUGCUCAGCUCUCUCUAAUACGUGCUGAAUCCACUACAAGCUUAUUCCGUUCAGCUUCCUUGAAAUCUAUUUGGGAGUCAAAAGAUCAUUUAAGUCAUGCUAGUCCUUUGAGUGUUGUGCCUGAUCUAGAACAAGACAAUAAACCAAGCUUGUUCCAUCAUUUGUUCCGUAGUAAGCAAUCCAAAAGGAAGAAACCUAGUGUAGGCGAACGUGCUCAACAGUCGUUGAGCAUGACAGAUCAAUACAAAUUAGCCCUUCAAACAAAAGAAGCCUGGGCUACAUCACGGUUAGCUAUGACAAGUCGUAUGAGUUUUUUUAAUGACCGUGUUAUUUCGGCUGAUCUGAUGAGAGCAAUGGCUAUCCUCUAUUUAGGACCACACGCUAAUCCAGACUUUGAAAAUGACUACUUAUUGUCCCCUAUCCAAGCACCAGAUGAGCUUCUAUCCCAAUUUCCAAAAACGUAUUUGAUUUGUGGCGAGAAAGAUCCUUUCGUAGACGAUUCUGUCCUGUUUGCAGGCCGUAUUAGACAAGCUAAGGCUCGAUGUCAAUUUCAACAACAAGGCACAAGUAGUGCCUGUAACGAAGAGGGUGUACGUGUUCGCUUCUUAGAGGGAAUUAGUCAUGCCUUUUUACAAAUGAUGCCGUUUUUGCCGGAAGCCCAUCAUGCUGUAAAAAUUAUUGGAGGCUGGAUCAAUGAUAUUGCACAGCAGCAACAGCAUAGCCAAAGUAAGGACUCGGCAUCAAAUAAAAAGACAGUUAUCGUACUCAAGAUGGACGGCAAUAGUAAGCAUACUCAACACCAGCAAACAAUUGUUACCAAUGAAAGUGAUAUGAUUCGUCGUAGAAAGCAACAGUUAGUGAAAGGCUUAUUGUACUAA